UCGCCCGGGAGUGCGUGUGUGUGCGCGCGUGUGUGCGCCAGUGAGUGUGUGCGCGGGGGUGCGCGCGCGGGCGGGAGUGGGCGCGCGCGGGGAAAGGCCCGAAAACACCUUAGUUUGCACCGAGAGACCAUUUGCAGCGGAACCCGAAAGUUUGCAAGAGGAAGAGAGCGCGCGGCGAACAAGAGGGCAAGGGGGCAGCGGCUGCGGCGCCGGGGACCAUGGUGCUGCCGGCGCCUCCUCCGCGGGCGUGAAGGCGGCACUCGCACUGCCUCCCCGGACUCUGCGGUGUCCCAGGAGCUUUUGCUGACAAUUCCAGUUUCCGAACGAAACAUUUGGGCGAUGGUGAGGGCUUCAAUCCCUUGUCUGAUUUGCUGUCAACCAUGAACGGACGGAUGUGAUGCCUGCUGGCUGAAAGGUGUCCCUCUGUGUGUUGCAGUCCUGCGGCAUUAUGCAUGCCCCCAACCAGUGACCUCCAGACUUUUUAUGGCUGUGCGACACGUUAAAAGUUCAGGGGUAAGAAGUGACCUUUUGAGGUGACUAUAACAGAAGAUUGCUUUACAGAAGCCAAAAAAGAAUAAUUUUACAGUUUGUCCAGCAGACUGAGACUUUGGUAGGCUGAAGGUUUUUGAGUCAUGAUGCAAGAAUCUGGGACUGAGACGAAAAGUAACGGUUCAGCCAUCCAGAAUGGGUCGAGCAGCGGCAACCACUUGUUAGAGUGUGGCGGUCUUCGGGAAGGGCGGUCCAACGGGGAGACGCCGGCCGUGGACGUGGGGGCGGCCGAUCUGGCCCACGUGCAGCAGCAGCAGCAGGCGCUUCAAGUGGCAAGACAGCUUCUUCUCCAGCAGCAACAGCAGCAGCAAGUUAGUGGAUUAAAGUCUCCCAAGAGGAAUGACAAACAACCAGCCCUUCAGGUUCCCGUGUCAGUGGCUAUGAUGACACCUCAAGUUAUCACUCCCCAGCAAAUGCAGCAGAUCCUCCAGCAACAAGUGCUGAGCCCUCAGCAGCUCCAGGUUCUCCUCCAGCAGCAGCAGGCCCUCAUGCUUCAACAGCAGCAGCUUCAAGAGUUUUAUAAAAAACAACAGGAACAGUUGCAGCUUCAACUUUUACAACAACAACAUGCUGGAAAACAGCCUAAAGAGCAACAGCAGGUGGCUACCCAGCAGUUGGCUUUCCAGCAGCAGCUUCUACAGAUGCAGCAGUUACAGCAACAACACCUUCUGUCUCUGCAGCGCCAAGGCCUUUUAACAAUCCAGCCAGGGCAGCCCGCCCUUCCCCUCCAACCCCUCGCUCAAGGCAUGAUUCCAACAGAACUGCAGCAGCUCUGGAAAGAAGUGACAAGUGCUCAUACGACAGAAGAAACCACGGGCAACAAUCACAGCAGUUUGGAUCUGACCACGACAUGUGUCUCCUCCUCUGCACCUUCCAAGACCUCCUUAAUAAUGAACCCACAUGCCUCUACCAACGGACAGCUGUCAGUCCACACUCCCAAAAGGGAAAGUUUGUCCCACGAGGAGCAUCCCCAUAGCCAUCCUCUGUAUGGACAUGGCGUGUGCAAGUGGCCUGGCUGUGAAGCAGUGUGUGAAGAUUUCCAAUCAUUUCUAAAACAUCUCAACAGUGAGCAUGCGCUGGACGAUAGAAGUACAGCCCAAUGUAGAGUACAAAUGCAGGUUGUACAGCAGUUAGAGCUACAGCUUGCAAAAGACAAAGAGCGCCUGCAAGCCAUGAUGACCCACCUGCACGUGAAGUCAACGGAACCCAAAACUGCCCCUCAGCCCCUGAAUCUGGUAUCAAGUGUCACACUCUCCAAAUCUGCAUCAGAGGCUUCCCCACAGAGCUUACCUCAUACUCCUACGACCCCCACCGCCCCCAUCACUCCCGUCACCCAAGGCCCCUCCGUCAUCACCACCACCAGCAUGCAUACGGUGGGACCCAUCCGCAGGCGGUACUCAGACAAAUACAACGUGCCCAUCUCUUCAGCAGAUAUUGCGCAGAACCAAGAAUUUUAUAAGAACGCAGAAGUUAGACCACCAUUUACAUAUGCAUCUUUAAUUAGGCAGGCCAUUCUCGAAUCUCCAGAGAAGCAGCUAACACUAAAUGAAAUCUAUAACUGGUUCACACGAAUGUUUGCUUACUUCCGACGCAAUGCUGCCACGUGGAAGAAUGCAGUGCGUCAUAAUCUUAGUCUUCACAAGUGUUUUGUGCGAGUAGAAAACGUUAAAGGGGCAGUAUGGACAGUGGAUGAAGUAGAAUUCCAAAAACGAAGGCCACAAAAGAUCAGUGGUAACCCUUCCCUUAUUAAAAACAUGCAGACCAGCCACGCCUACUGUACACCUCUCAAUGCAGCUUUACAGGCUUCGAUGGCUGAGAACAGUAUACCUCUAUACACUACCGCUUCCAUGGGAAACCCCACUCUGGGCAACCUAGCCAGCGCCAUACGGGAAGAGCUGAACGGGGCGAUGGAGCAUACCAACAGCAACGAGAGCGACAGCAGUCCCGGCAGAUCCCCUAUGCAAGCCGUGCAUCCCGUACACGUCAAAGAAGAGCCCCUGGAUCCAGAGGAAGCUGAAGGGCCACUAUCCUUAGUGACAACAGCCAACCACAGUCCAGAUUUUGACCACGACAGAGAUUACGAAGACGAACCAGUACAUGAGGACAUGGAGUGAACAUCUGGGCAGGCCGACCCCAAGAGUGUGAAGAUUGGGGGG